GUCGCCGCGCGGACUCUUGCCUCGCGCGCCUCGGCCUGCACCAUUUCGGCCCGAGGAAGAGGGGUGGGGGAGAGAGCGAGCGAGCGAGAGCUGUGCAGCCGGCCCCCGAAAAGGAACGGGAGGAGGAGGCUGACUGAGGAGGAGGAGGAGGAGGACGAAGAAAAAGGACCCCGCCAGCGUCUCUCGCCUCCGCGCCCUCCAAGCGAGUGGCCGAGCGCGGAGCCGCGUCCACGCCCUCUCUCUCUCUCUCUCUCUCUCUCUCUCUCACACACACACACACACACACACACACCCUCCCCCCCCCCCCCCAGCGCCGGUGCCGCAGUGGCCGGGUCCUUCCUCCUCUCCCUCAGUCGGCGCGAGCGCGUUCCCUGGGCUGAAGGAGAGUUUUGCAGCGCGCUCGGCGUCUGGAGGCGGCGAGGGCGAAGGGGCCAUGGCGGCCACCGAGAUAGCGCGCCAGGUGGGCGAAGGUUGCCGUACCGUUCCUCUUUCUGGCCACGUAGGAUUCGAUAGCAUGCCCGAUCAGCUGGUUAAUAAGUCAGUUGGCCAUGGUUUCUGUUUCAACAUCCUGUGUGUGGGGGAAACCGGGCUUGGGAAAUCAACGUUGAUGGAUACCCUUUUCAACACCAAGUUCGAAGGGGAGCCGGCCUCUCAUUCACAGCCAGGGGUUCAGCUGAAAUCCAGUACUUACGACCUUCAGGAAAGCAACGUCCACCUGAAACUGACCAUUGUUAGCACUGUGGGCUUUGGGGAUCAGAUUAACAAAGAGGACAGCUAUAAGCCCAUCGUGGAGUUCAUCGAUGCCCAGUUCGAAUCUUAUCUACAAGAGGAACUGAAAAUCAAACGUGUGUUACAUAGCUACCACGAUUCCCGGAUCCACACCUGCUUGUACUUCAUCGCCCCUACGGGCCACUCUUUGAAAUCGCUGGAUUUGGUUACAAUGAAAAAGCUCGAUAGUAAGGUUAAUAUCAUUCCUAUAAUCGCAAAAUCGGAUGCCAUCUCCAAGAGCGAGCUGACAAAAUUCAAAAUUAAGAUCACAAGCGAACUUGUCAGCAACGGGGUGCAAAUCUAUCAGUUUCCUACUGAUGAUGAAUCCGUGGCAGAAAUAAACGGGACAAUGAAUGCCCAUUUACCCUUUGCCGUGAUUGGCAGCACAGAGGAAGUCAAGAUAGGAAACAAAAUGAUGAAGGCCCGCCAGUAUCCCUGGGGGACGGUGCAAGUGGAAAAUGAAGCGCACUGUGACUUUGUAAAACUCAGAGAAAUGCUGAUCCGUGUCAACAUGGAGGAUCUCCGCGAGCAGACCCACACGCGCCAUUAUGAGCUGUACCGGCGAUGUAAACUGGAAGAAAUGGGAUUUAAGGACACUGAUCCAGAUAGCAAGCCAUUCAGCUUACAAGAAACAUAUGAGGCCAAACGGAACGAGUUCCUGGGAGAGCUGCAGAAAAAGGAAGAGGAGAUGCGGCAAAUGUUUGUCCAGAGAGUCAAGGAGAAAGAAGCGGAGCUGAAAGAGGCUGAAAAAGAGUUGCACGAAAAAUUUGAUCGCCUGAAGAAGCUGCAUCAGGACGAAAAGAAGAAAGUGGAGGACAAGAAGAAAUUCCUGGACGAUGAAGUCAAUGCAUUUAAGCAGAGGAAGACGGCGGCCGAAUUGCUGCAGUCUCAAGCUCAGCAGGCAGGAGGAUCGCAAACCCUGAAAAGGGAAAAGGAGAGAAAAAAUUCAGGUUUCCUGUAGAUCCUAGCCUUUUGCUCCAGAAACGACCACCCCACAUUUUGAGUUAACAUGCAGCCCACCCCUCUACCUGUUUUGCCCAUUUCCUUCUCAGUGCGCCCUCUUGCUCUGUUUUGACACGUUUGCUAAAUACACAAAGAGGCUGGACUCACUUGACUGUUUUGGCGAAGAACUCUGCAGACUUUUCUGUGGAGCUGAUGAGAGAGGUUCUGAGUACUUGUUUGUCUAUCUUAGUCUACUGACCGGAGGUUUGCGGGUGUAAUGCCCUUAAGAUGUUCUGUGUCAUGAAUGCAUGGGUGGGUAGGCGCAUGCAUGAUAAGACUUACUGAUGCAUGUUUGCUUACUGAUUGCACCGUGAUGCCUAAGCCCUGUCAUGGAUUAUCUAGGGAAACCAACAAUGUUUCUGCUUAAAAAGUUCUCCCCCUCCCCCUUGCUUGUUUAAAGAGGUUUAUAGGAUUCUUCUUGAUGGGAAUCUUUUUGUUUAUUGCAUUUACGUUUUGACCUGCACUUUGACUGUUACAAAACGCACCAUAAAGGCCACCUGCAGCCUUUCCCAACCUCUGGUGCCCUUCAGAUGUGUUGGCCCACAACUCCCACCAUCCCAUGCUGGCUGGGAAUGAUGAGAGUUGUGGUCCAACACAUUUGGAGGGCACUAGGUUGUGUGAAGGCUGGGGCUGAUGCAAAAACAAGGAUGUGAAAGGGGCAGUUAGCACAGAGGAACAUCAGAAUGACCGAGGAAGUCAGGGCUCUUUUAUCCUAUUUAUGACUUUUGGAUUGCUGGUCACUCUUUCGUUUCAACUGGUGUGAUGUGCAGAUAGUGAUGCUCCUGCUCCUGUUGAAUACUUGCUCUGAUUUAAUGAGCCCUUGCAGGCGUAGGGCCUCCAAUGUCCGCAUACACCAUCCCCUACCUAUAAGAACUUCCUGAAUCACUGACUGACACAAUAGUCAGCAGUGGGCUAAAUAGUCAAUGGUGGGUUAAAUAGUCAACGGUUGGUUAUUGUGUCAUCUGUCCUGACUUCUUCACACUACAAAAUUGCCAACGCUGUGCAGAGAUGAUAAUUUGAACAACCGGUGGUUAUCAUGUCGUGUCGUGCGCCGUUGACUAUUUCGUCACACUCAGUUGGUUAUUUUCGGGGACUACAGAGUCCCCUGGCAAGAGUGGCCACAGCAGCGGCUGCCACUCUAGUCCAGCUGGCAGAACUCGCAAUGGCUGAUGGGAUACCAGCGGGAGGACUGAAGGGGGAGAGAGGGUGGGGGAUGUAGCAAUCAAACACUCCGUUGACUAAUAGUUAACUCAACACUGGCCUUAAUGCACACCACGGUUGAUUAUAAUCAUGUUGUGCAGGGAGUACCCCUUCAAUAAUCAACCGUGGAGUUGACUAUUAACCCACCAUUGACUAUUGUGUGGUCCGAACGCAACCACUGUGUUAGAGCAGUCCAUGGCCCCACUCAGCAAUAAAAUCCCCAGCCCCAGAAGAAAUCAGUUGCCUCUGUAACAGGUGUCUUGGGUUAUAUCCCCCCCCCCCGGCCAAACAAACAUGCACAGCCCUUUUAUCCUUAAUAGGAUCUUAGACAAACAAGUACAUUUAGAAUGGGAGCAUUAGUCUUGGAUUACAACGUACUUUUUAGAAGUGGAAUCAUUGCACUGAAAUCGUUCUGAAUUGCUAUUCCCCACCCCAAAUGUAUUGGCAUAUACAUCUCUGUGUUGCCUUGUUAAAGUCUAUAUUUUUGAUGGGAAAGCUUUUUUUUUUCUUUUUUAAAUAAACUUCUUUCAGACAAUAAUUGGUUAAUCCUUUGUUUCUGUUUCUCCCCCCUUCUUUUUU